CUGGUUACGCAAAAUCGUAAAGGGACAUUUCAAAAAAGCUAUACGCAAAAAGAAAGAAAAAAAAGAUGCAUGUGGGAUGUGGCUAUCAAAACACUACUGUCGUGCCACACUUCUUUCCUUACAUAUAUCCACCCAACAUUACUUACUAUAUUCAUUAACCUUCUGGUUCAUCAAAAGGAAAGAGACAUCACAUAGAGAGAAAGAGAGAGAUGGAAGUAAUGCGAGUUCUUCACAUGAACAAAGGAAACGGUGAAAACAGUUAUGCCAAGAACUCCACCGCUCAGCGCAACAUAAUAUCUCUAGGCAGAAGGGUAAUGGACGAGGCCUUGAAGAAGCUAAUGAUAAGCAAUGCGGAAAUUUCAAGCAUUGGGAUCGCCGACUUAGGCUGCUCCACCGGUCCGAACAGUCUCUUCUCCAUCUCCAAUAUUAUCGACACAAUCCAAAACUUGUGUUCUGACCUCGACCGUCCGGUCCCUGAGUUCAGAGUCUCUCUCAACGAUCUCCCUAGUAAUGACUUCAACCACCUCUUUGCUUUUUUGGCGGAGUUUUAUAACCGGCUUAAUAGUAAAAAGGAGGGUUUAGGGCUCGGUUGUGGAGGAGGAGAAUCGUGUUUUGUGUCGGUGGUCCCUGGCACCUUUCACGGACGUUUGUUUCCUCGCCGGAGCCUUCAUUUUGUUCAUUCGUCUUCUAGUUUACACUGGUUGUCUCAGGCUCCAUGUGGUGAGGCUGAGAAGGAAGACGGCGUUAAUUCAGCUCAGUUAUACAACGUAGGGAAAAUAUACAUAUCAAAGACAAGUCCUAAGAGUGCACAUAAAGCUUAUGCUCUUCAAUUCCAAACUGAUUUCUCGGCCUUUCUGGAAUCACGGUCCAAAGAGUUGGUCCCUGGAGGCCGAAUGUUUUUAUCAUUACUCGGUAGAAGCACACAGGAUCCUACAACCGACGAGAGUUGCUAUCAAUGGGAACUCCUAGCUCAAGCUCUUAUCUCCAUGGCCAAAGAGGGUAUUAUCGAAGAAGAGAAGAUCAAUGCUUUUAAUAUUCCUUACUAUGCUGCAAGCUCCGAAGAACUGACAAUGGUGAUAGAGAAAGAAGGGUCAUUUUCAAUCGAUCGGCUUGAGAUAAGUCGAAUUGAUUGGGAAGGUAAGAGUAUCAAUGAGGAGAGUUAUGACCUAGUAGUACGGUCCAAACCCGAAUCCCUAGCUAGUGGACGAAGAUUUUCUAAUACCAUCAGAGCUGUGGCCGAGCCGAUGCUAGAACCUAUGUUUGGGGAGAAUGUAAUGGACGAACUUUUUGAAAGGUAUGCAAAAAUCGUAGGAGAGUACCUCUAUGUGAGCUCACCUCGAUUUGUUAUCAUUAUUCUUUCGCUCGUUAGAACGGGUUGAUCGUGUUAUUUAUAUGCUAUAUACUUAUCUCUGGAUCUACAGUAACAUGAUUUGUAAAUUUCCUAAUCAAUUAUCAUUUGCUUUGUUAAUAAAUUAAAACAUUGAAAUAAAGUGUGAUUUUACGGUAAA